AUGAGGAGGCCCACACACCCCCUGAUUGUCUGGUCUAGGCCGGUCGGGGACCCCGUGAGAAUCCUGUUUGAGUGGAACAGCCGACAUUGGCUUCAGCUGCACUCGCCAUUGCCCCAGAUCCGCACCGAGAUCCACUUGGAAGCGCCUCCUUGUAAGCCAUACAUGUACAUUCUGCCUAUCCUCAUGUCGGUCUACCAGUGCGUGUGUUGGUGUGUGUUUGUGCUUGCAAAUUCAUCGUGUGCUCGUACGUGCUUGUCGUCGUGUGUUUGUUUAUACUACCGUGAACAUGUGUAUGCGUGUAUGCGUGCAUCCGAGGCUGUGUCGAGUGCACAUGUGUGCACAUGUGCAUACAUGUCUGUAUGGAGGGUGCUUGUGCGCGUUAAGCACAAGCUUUGGAUGUUGCCUGGACUGCUGUUCGGGAGGCCGAAUGAAUGCUUUGGGUGCAGGUCAAAGCUGCAAAGGGAUGCUCGUUUUUAUGGUAUGCCUGAAUUAUGCAUAAACUACAACCAACCGCCAUAUGAACAUGUCGGUUCUCAGGCCUUGCUGCGAGCUUUGGAUAAUGCACUUUUGCUCUAUUUCUCGUCCGACCACCUCAGAAAGCUCGACAAUUCACCGAAUUAUGCUCAUCCACUAUCCAUCCUCCAUCGGGCUUCCUCUCGGCCACUAGCAACACCAUUGGUUUGGCUGUAUCCAUGCUUCAGCGUCGUCGUGAUCCCAGCUUGCCACUGCCACAUUUCCUCCUCAAGGCCACAUUCACGAGGAGACCUCUUUUGCGUCGACGAUUGCAAGAUUGUGCACAAUAGUUUGCAUUGGUUGAAUUAUUUUCCAUUGGACUCUACCGGCUCACGGUCUACUCGAAUCUCCCACUUUUCAAUCAUACUUCCUCUGGUCGCUUGUCUUCCGUCAGCCCAGCACGACCUCCACGCACUCUUAGCGUCUCCCACGAUGCAUAUUUCCACAUGUCACAUGCUCCUUGUUCGACUCGGCUCCUUACAUGCCUCCAGGGCGUUUUUUCUCUUCUUUCCUAAUCAGCACAACUGGCUGUGGCCCGGUGAUCCGAGUCGCUAG